AUCUGCUAAUAUAUAACCAGUUUAAAGGACCUGAAAAUGCACUGACAGCCAAGAAGGAUAUUUUGAAGUUUGAAAUGAUCCCUAUAUAAAUAGAACGGAUCAGCAUAACUUUGGGAUAAAAUUAGCCGACAGUUUGUGGACUCUCCAGCAUGUGCUUGUUCGCUUAGUGCUGUUCUCCUGAUAAAUCACAACAGAGCUUCCAGAGAGAGAGGAGGAUGGAUAACAACAAUGUCCCUCUCAGUAAAUCUGGAACUGCCAGGUUAAUUAAGAGAAAUUUCCUUGAGGCGCUAAAGUCAAAUGACUACGGAAAAUUGAAGUCUAUUUUAAUCCAAAGGGAAAUAGAUGUGGACACAGUGUUUGAAGUUGAAGAUGAGAACAUGGUUUUGGCAUCUUAUAAACAAGGUUAUUGGUUGCCUAGUUAUAAGUUGAAGUCAUCCUGGGCAACAGGCCUGCACCUGUCUGUGCUGUUUGGUCAUGUGGAAUGUCUCCUGGUGCUAUUGGACCAUAAUGCCACCAUCAACUGUCGACCCAAUGGAAAAACUCCUCUUCACGUGGCUUGUGAAAUGGCCAACCUAGACUGCGUGAAGAUCCUCUGCGACCGGGGAGCAAAGCUCAAUAGCUACUCCCUAAGCGGACACACGGCUUUGCACUUCUGUACAACUCCGAGCUCCAUUCUCUGUGCCAAGCAGUUGGUGUGGAGAGGUGCAAACGUGAAUAUGAAAACCAACAACCAGGAUGAGGAGACCCCCUUGCACACGGCUGCCCACUUUGGCCUCUCUGAGCUGGUGGCCUUCUACGUGGAGCACGGGGCCAUCGUGGACAGCGUGAACGCCCACAUGGAGACGCCAUUGGCCAUCGCCACCUACUGGGCUCUCCGCUUUAAAGAGCAGGAGUACAGCAGGGAGCAUCACCUCAUCUGUCGCAUGCUGCUGGACAACAAGGCGGAGGUCAAUGCCCGGGAUGACGACUUUAAGUCCCCCCUCCACAAGGCAGCCUGGAAUUGUGACCAUGUGCUCAUGCACAUGAUGCUGGAAGCUGGUGCAGAAGCCAAUCUCAUGGAUAUCAAUGGCUGUGCUGCUAUCCAGUACGUGCUGAAGGUCACUUCCGUGCGACCAGCUGCCCAGCCAGAGAUCUGCUACCAGCUGCUGUUGAAUCAUGGGGCUGCUCGAAUAUACCCUCCGCAGUUCCAUAAGGUGAUACAGGCUUGCCAUUCUUGUCCCAAAGCAAUUGAAGUGGUGGUCAAUGCCUAUGAACACAUCAGGUGGAACAUAAAGUGGAGAAGAGCCAUCCCGGAUGAUGACUUGGAGAGAUACUUUGAUUUCUACCACUCUCUCUUCACCGUAUGCUGCAACUCUCCAAGAACCCUCAUGCAUUUAUCGAGAUGUGCCAUUCGACGAGCAUUACACAACAGAUGCCACAAAGCAAUUCCUUUGCUUUCCCUCCCAUUGUCAUUGAAAAAGUACUUGCUUUUAGAGCCAGAGGGAAUCAUUUAUUAAGCCUUAUGAGACAGCAGUUCCCAAUCCUAGAUAUUUAAGUGGACUCGCUGGGUAGACACAGUUUGCAUAAAUAAAAUGGUACUUGGGUUGAUUAUAACACUUCAGGGAUUUCAAAACACUUUAAAAACACUAUGUCAUUAAUCCUGGAGUAUCAUGGUGAGGGGAAAUAAACAAGGAAAGUUAAGGAAUUUUCAAAGACAAGAAUGUGUUCACAAGGUACUGGUAUGACAGUAACAGCUGACAGGUAUAGCGCUCUUACUAGGUGCCGGAGACAUUAUGUUAAACUUUGCAUAUAUUAUCUCAUCAGGGACCCAUGUUUUCUUACAACCAUUCUCACUCUCUACCUUAUCAGUAAUAAGUUUACAUUACCAUAUAGUUCGCAACAUAGUAGGUUUUGUGAUGGGCCUCUUAAACUUGGCGUGUUCCUUCAUGACCAUUUAGCAGUAAUUACUGUCACUAGUUUUGCAAACUCCUAUUCCCCACACCAGGCUCCUCAAUUUUAGUGAAGAAUGCACAUGAGCACAGGCAAAACAGGGAGAUCUUUGAGUCUGAUUAGAAACGAGAAGGGAAGACCAGUCCACUUAAUAGUCAGGAAUGGCCAUUUCAAUACACACCCAUUAAGCGAGACUGGAGAUGCAGAGAUGAGUCAAUGGGACUCCUCUUACUCUCCAGGAUCUCACCAUUUAGCUUGAGGAUCCGGACCUAUAAGCAGGCAACUGCUAUAGAAGAGAUCGGGGCAAGAGUACAGGUGCAGACUCAUGUUUAUUGCUUUCAAAGUUGUGUUUCUGACAUGAAGUGUGUGAUUUUUCUUUGAAGCAUGAUAAUAAAGAGUGAAGGGAUUGUGUAAA